AUGGAUGCCACCCCGGUAGAAAUGUUCAAAGACGACAAGUGUAUCUUGGCGCUCGCGGAAGACUGUUAUAUGAAUUCUACUUCGCAAUCUGGAUAUGCAGCAGAUCACAAUCUGACUUUUGACUCUGACGGGGAAGAGGAGUCAAUGUCCCCAAUCAUCCCAAUUAUCACAGCUGUGUACUCCGUGGUGUUUGUGGUGGGCUUGGUGGGCAACUGCCUCGUCAUGUAUGUUAUCAUCAGGUAAGGUUUAUUAUCAUUUAUUUGCACACUCACCUCAAUAUUGCAUUGAUAUCAAUUGCCAAUAUAUUAGCUAUUUCUAAAGAGUUUUGGCUAAUGAAGGGUUACACCAAGUAUGCUAAAAAUACAACAUUUCAGUCAGAUGCCCAUGCAUACACUUUACCACAUUUUCGCACAAAAAACAAAACAAAAAAGUGAAGUUUUCUUUAAACAUUUGGAACACUUGUGAGCCACCCAGUGGCAGGUGCAUGUUUAAACUUAAUAGUACAACAUGUACAAUCACUAUAUGGUUUGUUAGGAUGUAUUAUUUUAGUUUCAAUCAUAACAUACUGUACAGUUCAAUUGCAGGGUAAAAUACCUUUUUACUAUUGGGCCUUUUUACAGUUGGAAUGCUACAUCUGUUGGGGCAAUGUUUAAAAGUGUUCUAAAUGUGUCAAGCCUAUGAGAAAUAGUGUUAUUUGGGCAGAGAGAGAGAGCAUAUUAAUUGCAUUUAAUACCAGUGGCCCUCUAUCAUGCUGAUAGGGUUGCUUGCACCUCAUUGGGUUUUAUUUAUGGUGUGUAAGACAGAUAAAACAGUGCUGGUGUCAUGCGCAGUGCACCAACCCCUCACAAAGCACUCCAGACUAGAGACAAUUACCUCAAAUCAGAUUGAUUGCACAUUAUCUUCCGGUGAGCAAAAUUACGUAUUUUAGACGUCCAUGGACGUCUGCGUCCGAAUAUGCUCACAGGGCCAUUCCGUCACCUCCCCAAGUUAGUUCCAUUGAUGAGCUAAUAGUGAUAUACUCUCAGCUCUCUGUUUCAUGUAGACAGCUCAGUUUACAAUUGGUAUAUUUUUUAUCCGGUUGAUUGAUUUUGUCUUACACAUUUUCUUCUCAACAGAAGAAAAUGUGUAAUCAGAGCUGUGAUUUAUUCUAGUGUAGGCCUAGAUUCAAUCAGAUCGAGCGUUAACCAUCGUUAACCAUCGUUAAUCUGCUAAAUGGCAUAUUAUAUUAUAUUAUUAUUAUUAAUCAGUAUUGGCCGACAUCCGCAUAGCAUAUGUUUUGGCUGUGUUGGAGCUGACAUAUCGGUGAAUGGCUGCUCUUGUGUGUCACAAACCCUUCCUUAUUAUCCCUACCACGUUACAUUUUCAAAAUAGCAAUGGUAAGUGUAGAAUCUAUCGAUAAUAGUAAUAAUGACUCUCAAAUGUCAAAUGCUUGUUUUCAUGUUAAUUUGGAUGGGGAAUUUAUAGCCGCUUGUGGAUUUGACAGCUCUAACGCAGUUCCAUCUCCGACACCGCCAAAACAAUGCUAUGUGGAUGUCAAUCUGAUUAAAUCUAGUGCCUAGAUUGGGGUUUCAGUCCCGUUGUUUUGGAAUUAUUUUACUGUAGUCUGUCCAUAAAUCAGCUGUGACAGAAGUCAUUGGAAGACAGAGGCCUCAUCAGCCCUGCAGUGGCUGGAGCUUUAUCAUGUGCUCCCAAUGACUAGGAUUUGGCUAUGUCACAAAUGGCACCAUAUUCCCUAUAUAAUGGACUAUUUUGACCAGAACCCUAUGGGCCACAUACUGUAUGUCUUGUGCAAAAUGCAACAAAAUGAGAUACAAGCUUUUUGUGGGAUGGUUAAAAGAUAUGCAAAUAGAUUAUACACUGACAUUUGCUUGUUCUUCCUCUCAACACCUUUGAGGCAGUGGUCUCCACAGCAAUUACCCAUUGCAUGCUCCAAAAAAAUAGGCUGAGUGAAAUGGAGCAUGUCCAAGGUAUUGAUCCAAAAAAAGCAACAGGCUCAGCUAACUUCUAGUGGAUCAUGUGUAUGGUAACUGACCAAUAGUCUAUAACACUAUACUGUAUGUAGAGUGCAUUCGGAAAGUAUUCAGACUCCUUCCCUUUUUCCACAUUGUUACGUUACAGCCUUAUUCUAAAAUGGAAUAAAUAUAUUUAUUUCCUCAUCAAUCUACACAAAAUACCCCAUAAUGACAAAGCGAAAACAGGUUUUUAAAAAUGUUUGGAAAUGUAUUAAAAAUAUAAAACAGAAAUACCUUAUUUACAUAAGUAUUCAGGCCCUUUGCUAUGAGACUCGAAAUUGAGCUCAGGUGCAUCCUGUUUCCAUUGAUCAUCCUUGAGAUGUUUCUACAACUUGAUUGGAGUCCACCUGUGGUCAAUUCAAUUGAAUGACAUGAUUUGGAAAGGCACACACCUGUCUAUACAAGGUCCCACAGUUGACAAUUUAUGUCAGAGCAAAAACCAAGCCAUGACGUCAAAAUAAUUGUCCAUAGAGCUCCGAGACAGGAUUGUGUCGAGACACAGAUCUGGGGUAGGGUACCAAAACAUUUCUGCAGCAUUGAAGGUCCCCAAGAACAUAGUGGCCUCCAUCAUUCUUAAAUGGAAGAAGUUUGGAACCACCAAGACUCUUCCUAGAGCUGGCUGCCCGUCCAAAAGAAGGGCCUUGGUCAGGGAGGUGACCAAGAACCCAAUUGUCACUCUGAAAGAGCUCCAGAGUUCCUCUGUGGAGAUGGGAGAACCUUCCAGAAGGACAACCAUCUCUGCAGCACUCCACCAAUCAGGCCUUUAUGGUAGAGUGGCCAGACGAAAGCCACUCCUCAGUAAAAGCCACAUGACAGCCCGCUUGGAGUUUGCCAAAAGGCACCUAAAGACUCUCAGACCAUGAGAAACAAGAUUCUCUGGUAUGAUGAACUCUUUGGCCUGAAUGCCAAGCGUCGCAUCUGGAUGAAACCUUGCACCAUCCCUAUGGUGAAGCAUGGUGGUGGCAGCAUCAUGCUGUGGGGAUGUUUUUCAGUGGCAGGGACUGGGGGACCAGUCAGGAUCGAGGGAAAGAUUAACGGAGAUAAGUACAGAGAGAUCCUUGAUGAAAACCUGCUCCAGAGCACUCAGGACCUCAGACUAAGGCGAAGGUUCACCUUCCAACAGGACAACGACCCUAAGCACACAGCCAAGACAACGCAGGAGUGGUUUCGGGACAAGUCUUUGAAUAUCCUUUAGUGGCCCAGCCAGAGCCCAAUCUCUGGAUUGACCUGAAAAUAGCUGUGCCGUGACGCUCCCCAUCCAACCUGACAGAGCUUGAGAGGAUCUGCAGAGAAGAAUGGAAGAAACUCCCCAAAUACAGGUGUGGUAAGCUUGUAGCGAUCAUACCCAAGAAGACUCGAGGCUGUAAUCGCUGUCAAAGGUGCUUCAAAAAAGUACUGAGUAAAGGGUCUGAAUACUUAUGUAAAUGUCAUAUUUCAGUUUUUUCUUUUUUAUACAUUUGCAAAAAUGUCUAGAAACCAGUUUUUGCUUUGUCAUUAUGGGGUAUUGUGUGUAGAUUGAUUAGGGGAAAAAAUGAUUUAAUCCAUUUUAGAAUAAGGCUGUAACGUAACAAUGUGGAAAAAGUCAAGGGGUCUGAAUACUUUCCGAAUGCACUGUACCUUAUGCUGUAGCCAUUUCAGAUCUUAAAGAUUAAGUUCUUUAAAGGGGUAAUCUGGGAUUCAAACAACAACAGCUUGGGGUAAACAGCUGAGGAACGGGGCUAGAGAAAUGUAACCACACUAAAAUGAGACAGAGCGAUGGAUGCAAGGACUGGCCAUCCAUGAGAUCAACAUUUUUGUUUCAAGCUUAGACAGUUGAGACAGCUACUGACAGGGGGAAGAGUUGAACUAAUAUUUUGAGACAUUUAUAAGUUAUCCUGAUUUCUUCAAGAAUCAAUGGCUAUACAGUGCCUUGCAAAAGUAUUUUUCCUAUUUUGUUGCAUUACAACCUGUAAUUUAAAUGAAUUUAUAUUUGGAUUUUAUGUAAUGGACAUACACAAAAUAGUCGAAAUUGGUGAAGUGGAAUGAAAAAAAUAACUUCUUUCAAAAAAUUCUAAAAAAUAAAUAACGGAAAAGUGGAUCGUGCAUAUGAAUUCACCCCCUUUGCUAUGAAGCCCCUAAAGAAGAUCUGGUGCAACCAAUUACCUUCAGAAGUCACAUAAUUAGUUAAAUAAAGUCCACCUGUGUGCAAUCUAAGUGUCACAUGAUCUCAGUAUAUAUACACCUGUUCUGAAAGGCCCCAGAGUCUGCAACACCACUAAGCAAGGGGCACCAUGAAGACCAAGGAGCUCUCCAAACAGGUCAGGGACAAAGUUGUGGAGAAGUACAGAUCAGGGUUGGGUUAUACAAAAAUAUUCGAAACUUUGAGCAUCUCACGGAGCACCAUUAAAUCCAUUAUUAAAAAAUUUAAAGAAUAUGGCACCACAACAAACCUGCCAAGAGAGGGCCGCCCACCAAAACUCACAGACCCGGCAAGGAGCAUUAAUCAAAGGCAACAAAGAGACCAAAAAUAACCCUGAAGGAGCUGCAAAGCUCCACAGCGGAGAUUGGAGUAUCUGUCCAUAGGACCACUUUAAGCCGUACACUCCACAGAGCUGGGCUUUACGGAAGAGUGGCCAGAAAAAGCCAUUGCUUAAAGAAAAAAAUUAGCAAACACGUUUGGUGUUCGCCAAAAGGCAUGUGGGAGACUCCCCAAACAUAUGGAAGAAGGUACUCUGGUCAGAUGAGACAAAAAUUGAGCUUUUUGGCCAUCAAGGAAAACACUAUGUCUGUUGCAAACCCAACACCUCUCAUCACCCCGAGAACACCAUCCCCACAGUGAAACAUGGUGGUGGCAGCAUCAUGCUAUGGGGAUAUUUUUCAUCGGCAGGGACUGGGAAACUGGUCAGAAUUGAAGGAACGAUGGAUGGCGCUAAAUACAAGGAAAUUCGUUUCAGUCUUCCAACAUGGCUGUUGUCAUUUUCUCCCCUAGUUACAGAUAUCGUUUUUUUCAGAGAUAUCAAAAGACCUUGUCUGAUAAUUUUGUAUUGUUUUAGUCUGCCUCAUGUUGUUGGGAUUAUCAAUAGAAAUUAAAAUCACCAGCUCAGAUGAUGGCAAGGUAGACCCCUUUCCUGCAGUCAAAUGACAAAAUCGCCCUCUAGAGGCCUCAUGGGUGGAAUGUUAUUCAUAUUUUUCAUAAUUAAUUAACAUUAUUUUUUUUUAAACUCAGAAAAUCCGGUGUUUCUAUGUCAAACGGUUUGGUUAUAUUUCAGUCUUUUGUGAUGUAUAUAACGUGUAAUGUUGGGAUGCAAACUCAAAAUGGAAUACAUUUCAACUCUAUAUCUGACAUGUUACAUAUGUCUUCUUAAUUAAGCCCAUAACCUUGUGUGUGAGUUGUAUACUUUUGUUUCAAAGUAGAUUUGUUUAAGACUACCAAGAAACCCUCUGUGUGACCCUGAUUUAGCCCACUGCAGUAAAAGGUUUAACAGAUUGGGUUUCAUUUAGUUCUUUCAUCAGCUGUCAAUAACAAUAAUUGCCUGGGUUCAAAUACUAUUUGAAAUCUUUCAAAUACUGUUGGCAUUUGCUCUAGUCUAGCCUUCUUCAAACCUCUCCAUGGGGAUUCCCAGCCAUUCUAUGUACAGUGCCUUCAGAAAGUAUUUAUACACCUUGACUUACUCCACAUUUUGUUGUGAUACAGCCUGAAUUCAAAAUUGUUGAAAUAUAUAUUUUUAUCAGCCAUCUACACACACUACUCCAUAAUGACAGAGUGAAAACAUGUUUUUAGACAUCUUUGCUAAUUUAUUGAAAAAUGAAAUACAGAAAUACAGUAUCUUAUUUACAUACGUAUUCACACCACUGAGACAAUACAUGGUAGAAUCUCCUUUGGCAGCAAUUACAGCUGUGAGUCUUUCUGGGUAAGUCUAAGAGCGUUGCACACCUGGAUUGUACAAUUUUUUUUAUUCUGUCAAGUUGGUUGUUGGUCAUUGCUAGACAGCCAUUUUCAAGUCUUGCCAUUGAUUUUCAAGCCGAUUUAAGUCAACUGUAACUAGGCCACUCUGGAUCAUUGAAUGUCGUGUUGGUAAGCAACUCCAGUGUAGAUUUGGCCUUGUGUUUUAGGUUAUUGUUCUGCUGAAAGGUGAAUUAAUCUCCCAGUGUCUAUUGGAAAGCAGACUGAACCAGGUUUUCCUCUAGGAUUUUGCCUGUGCUUAGUUCCAUUCCGUAUAUAAUAUGAUGCAGUCACCAAAAUGCUUGAAAAUAUGGAGAGUGGUACUCAGUAAUGUGUUGUAUUGGAUUUGCUCCAAACAUAACACUUCCUCUCCGGCAACUGAGUUAGGAAGGACGCGUGUAUCUUUGCAGUGACUAGGUUUAUUGAUACAUCAUCCAAAGUGUAAUUAAUAACUUCACCGUGCUCAAAGGGUUAUUCAAUGUCUGUUUGUUUUUUUACCCAUCUACCAAUAGGUGCCCUUCUUUGUGAGGCAUUGGAAAACCUCCCUUGUCUUUGUGGUUGAAACUGUGUUUGAAAUUCACUGCUCGACUGAGGGACCUUACAGAUAAUUGUAUGUGUGGGGUACAGAGAUGAGGUAGUCAUUCAAAAAACAUGUUAAACACUAACACACUGAGUCCAUGCAACUUAUUAUUUGAAUUGCACAUUUUUACUACUGAACAUAUUUAGGCUUGCCAUAAAAAAGGGGUUGAAUACUUAUUGACUCAAGACAUUACAGCUUUACAUUUUGUAUGAAUUUGUAAAAGAUUCUAAAAAAAUAACUCCACUUUGACAUUAUGGUUAUUGUGUGCAGGCCAGUGGCACAACAUCUCAAUUUAUUCAAAUUUCAAUUCAGGCUGUAAACAAUAAAAUGUGGAAAGAAGUCAAGGGGUGUGAAUACUUUCUGAAGACAUUGUAUUUAUACUAUUCCAGAACUAGCACACCUGAUUACAUUUGUCAACUAAUCAUCAAGCCCUUGACUACUUAAAUCAGGUGUGCUAGUUCAGGGCUACAACAACAUUGUGAAAAAUCUAAAGUAUGAUAUAUCUCAAGUAUGGGUAACUGCAUACAUGGAAUGUGUCUGAAAGUGGGCGUGGCAAAAUAAGUGGGUGGAUCAUCAGCGAUGGGUGUAACAUCAGCGCUCUGUGAUUGGUUAGACUGUUUUGAUUGAGCGGUCUUGUUUUUAGUUUCUAAAUGUGUUUUCAUUGGUCAGUUCCUGUGUGUUGAUACUGAUGGUUUGUCGGGACAUUUGCAGCCACGCAAAAACGUUUUUUACUGAUAAAAAAUCUUCCCAUUUAGCUGUUCGCUUUCCAUACACCCACUUGUGUUGAUACGCCUGUAUAUGUUGACACGCAUGUUCCGGCAGCCAUGUUGACUUCCAGUUACCCAUGACUCAAACGUCUGGGGGUCCCUGAGGAGAGAUUUGAAAAAGACUGCUCUAGUCUGCCAGAUGGACGGGGUUAGCACUCUUGUCGCUAUUCUAUUGUUUCCACUGUGCCAUGCAGUUAAGCUCAAUCAAGCCCAGAUAGAGUAUUUAAGAUGAUUUCAUAUAGUAUUUAAACUCAGGUAUGGACCUUACACAAUCUACCCUACAUUAUUUACUCUAUGCUGUUUUUGAAACAGGUACACAAAGAUGAAGACGGCCACCAACAUUUACAUAUUCAACCUGGCUCUGGCCGACGCCCUGGUCACCACGACAAUGCCUUUCCAGAGCACCGACUACCUGUUGAACUCAUGGCCAUUUGGCGAGGUGGUGUGUAAAGUGUUCAUAUCCAUCGACUACUACAACAUGUUCACCAGCAUCUUCACCCUGACCAUGAUGAGUGUGGACCGCUAUGUGGCCGUGUGCCACCCGGUCAAAGCCCUGGACUUCCGGACUCCCAUCAAUGCCAAGAUGAUCAAUGUGUGUAUCUGGAUGCUGUCCUCGGCAGCAGGGAUACCAGCACUGCUACUGGGGGGCACCCAGACCAACAAUGGUGAGAACGCACGCAGACAUACACACAAUCAUGAAGCACGCGCACACACUCAUGAAGCACGCACACAAACAUGAAUGCAUAUGCAUGCAUCCACACACGCACACAUUUCCCAAGACAACAUAAUGAAAAUGCCCCUGCACUGUUUGAGCUGGUUCAUUGUAUGUCUCUGUUUGAGUGAAUCAAAGUGCAGAAGUGCCCAUCUAAUCUCAGAACAUAGAGGCCUAAUACAGCCCAAUCUCGCACCUGUUUUGAAGAGGGGAAAAUCAUUCCAUCUAAGCCAUCUGUUAGUAAUGAGCUUGCCAUUAUCUUUAAGCCACAUAUUAUUGUUUCUAAAUACAGAUGAAAAAGUGAAUACAGUUGAAGUCGGAAGUUUAAAUACACUUAGGUUGGAGUCAUUAAAACUCGUUUUUCAACCACUCCACAAAUUUAUUUUUAACAAACUAUAGUUUUGGCAAGUCGGUUAGGACAUCUACUUUGUGCAUGACACAAGUAAUUUUCCCAACAAUUGUUUACAGACAGAUUAUUUCACUUAUAAUUCACUGUAUCACAAUUCUAGUGGGUCAGAAGUUUACAUACACUAAGUUGACUGUGCCUUUAAACAGCUUGGAAAAUUCCAGAAAAUGUGGCUUUAGAAGCUUCUGAUAGGCUAAUUGACAUAAUUUGAGUCAAUUGGAGGUGUGCCUGUGGAUGUAGUUCAAGGCCUACCUUCAAACUCAGUGCCUAUUUGCUUGACAUCAUGGGAAAAUCAAAAGAAAUCAGCCAAGACCUCAGAAAACAAAUUGUAGGUCUCCACAAGUCUGGUUCAUCCUUGGGAGCAAUUUCUAAACGCCUGAAGGUACCACGUCUGUCUGUACAAACAAUACUAUGCAAGUAUAAACACCAUGGGACCACACAGCUGUCAUAUCGCUCAGGAAGGAGACAUGUUCUGUCUCCUAGAGAUGAAUGUACUUUGGUGCGAAAAGUGCAAAUCAAUCCCAGAACAACAGCAAAGGACCUUGUGAAGAUGCUGGAGGAAACAGGUACAAAAUUAUCUAUAUCCACAGUAAAACGAGUCCUAAAUCGACAUAACCUGAAAAGCCGCUCAGCAAGGAAGAAGCCACUGCUCCAAAACUGCCAUAGAAAAGCCAGACUACGGUCUGCAACUGCACAUGGGGACAAAGAUCGUACUUUUUUGAGAAAUGUGCUUUGGUCUGAUGAAACAAAAAUAGAACUGUUUUGCCAUAAUGACCAUCGUUAUGUUUGGAGGAAAAAGGGGGUUGCUUGCAAGCCAAAGAACACCAUCCCAACCGUGAAGUACGGGGGUGGCAGCAUCAUGCUGUGUGGGUGCUUUGCUGCAGGAGGGACUGGUGCACUUCACAAAAUAGAUUGCAUCAUGAGGAAGGAAAAUUAUGUGGAUAUAUUGAAGCAACAUGGCAAGACAUCUGUCACGGUUUCGGCCGAGGCUGCCUCUCUUCCUUGUUCGGGCAGGCUUCGGCGUUCGUUGUCUCCGGAAUACUAGCUGCCACCGUUGUAUGUUUCAUGUUCGUUUGCUUUUGUCUGUUUGUUGUGACACCUGUUCUCGUUUAGCGUAUUAGUGUCCUAUAAGUUUCUCGUUGUGUUUGUCUAGUGUUGUGUGUGAUUGAUUUAUUUCUGUCGUGUGUUGCUUGUAAUUUGCAUUUUCGCUCGGUUGAGCUUCACUCCACUGCGUUGGAGCAUUUACGCACAUGUUUAGUGCGCCUUCAUUUUUGUCGCCUUCGUGCGUAGUUUCGCCUUCGGGCAAGUGUGUUCGUAUUUUCCUUGUUGGAAAUAGUACUAAAGUCUUUUGGACUAUACUUCGGUGUCCUGCGCUUGAUUCCACCACUACACCCACCUACAGCACUCUUGACAACAUCAGUCAGGAAGUUAAAGCUUGGUCGCAAAUGGGUCUUCCAUAUGGACAAUGACCACAAGCAUACUUCCAAAGUUGUGACAAAAUAGCUUAAGGACAACAACGUCAAGGUAUUGGAGUGGCCAUCACAAAGCCCUGAUCUCAAUCCUAUAGAAAAUUUGUGGGCAGAACUGAAAAAGUGUGUGCGAGCAUGGAGGCCUACAAACCUGACUCAGUUACACCAGCUCUGUCAGGAGGAAUGGGCCAAAAUUCACCCAACCUAUUGUGGGAAGCUUGUGGAAGGCUACCCAAAAUGUUUGACCCAAGUCAAACAAUUUUAAGGGAAUGCUACCAAAUACUAAUUGAGUGUAUGUAAACUUCUGACCCACUGGGAAUGUGAUGAAAGAAAUAAAAGCUGAAAUAAAUAAUUCUCUCUACUAUUAUUCUGACAUUUCACAUUCUUAAAAUAAAGUGGUGAUCCUAACUGACCUAAGACAGGGAUUUUUUACUAGGAUUAAAUGUCAGGAAUUGUGAAAAACUGAGUUUAAAUGUAUUUGGCUAAGGUUUAUGUAAACUUCCGACUUCAACUGUAAGUGAGAAAAAGUGGAUGUUCCCUUUUGAGUUUACAUUAGGCAUUCCAUAACAGCAUCGUAGAGUGAGAGAUGAACCAGACACAGAGGGAAAUGUAUGUGUUCUCAGAACACUUUGUUUGAGCCUAGGUGCAUUUCAUCAGUGCUCUCUUUUUCUCGACCUCUCCUCUCCUCUCCUCUCCUCUCCUCUCCUCUCCUCUCCUCUCCUCUCCUCUCCUCUCCUCUCCUCUCCUCUCCCUCCCUCUAGGUACCACGGAGUGUGCCUUACAAUUCCCCGAGCCGUACGUGUACUGGGACACCCUGAUGAAGAUCUGUGUGUUUGUGUUUGCCUUCGUGGUGCCUGUGCUCAUCAUCACCGUGUGCUACUCCCUCAUGGUGCUACGACUCAAGAGCGUGCGUCUCCUCUCUGGCUCCCGAGAGAAGGACCGCAACCUGCGACGCAUCACCCGCCUGGUCAUGGUGGUGGUGGUGGUGUUCGUAGUGUGCUGGACGCCCAUCCACAUCUUCAUCCUGGUCAAGGCGCUGGUGAGCGUUCCCGAGACCACCGCCGUCAUGGCCGCCUACUUCUUCUGCGUAGCGUUGGGCUACACCAACAGCAGCCUCAACCCCGUCCUCUACGCAUUCCUGGAUGAGAACUUCAAGAGGUGCUUCAGGGACUUCUGUGUCCCGACAAAGCUGAAGAAGGGGGACAAGGGGUCGGGUAAAAACAACACCGUAAGGUCCCGGGAGGCCCCGGUUCCACUGGAGAACCCACAUGGGACUAUAAGUCCAGCAUGACUAGCCAUGGAAGUGUCUUUCAUUUCCCAAGUUGGAAAGGAAGAUUCUACUGAUCUGGGACUAACCCAGGCGACAUCAGGAAUGUGAGCACAGCAGUGCUACUGUUCCUCUCUGUAAAUAGCUCACACUAGAUGACUGGUGUUCCAUUGGUUCUCUUUCAGUUAUUUGUUUCGAUAUCUCACAAAGGGAUUCGCUAGGAUCACCUACUCUCUGAAGAAUCUAUCAAAAGCGGCUGUUGGAGACAGAGCCAUAGAGUGGUGAAUGAGGUGAGCCCCUCACCUCCUUUAAAGGAGCCACUCUCCCGCUCUCUGGUUAUUCUUGCCUCUCUUCCAAAUGAAGAGUAUUACUCUCUAGGUCACCUCAGAUCAACAGGAUCCCUGUUUUCCUGCUUAACGGCUCACAAGUGAACCGUGAAGGAUAUCGCUUUGAGCGUAGGUCUUCAGACCCUGUCAAGAGGUUGAGUACUGACCGAAAGGUUUGUGUUUUGUGCAUACAUUUCUUUUCUACUUCUCAGUCUCCAUUGGUAGCUAGCUUCAUGGCUAUUGAAACUCGGUUAGCCCACGCUGCAAGGCUAACUUAGCUAACUUGGCUAGCUCGCUUAGAGCCAAGCUAACCUCACUAGCAUAUCCUACCUGCAACACCGUAGCAUUGCUAGCUCCCUUCUCUCGUCUAGUUUAACCUACGUUCACCCGUUUGUGUUAAUUAGACCGACCGUCUCAGCCUCACGGCUCCUUUGGUCGCGGGAGCACACUAUCUGAAGGCUAACUCUGCCCCCACUUGGUUUCCUUCAGCCAACACUGAGCUAGCUAUGCCACACAUUCACCAAGUGGUAGCUGCUAGCUAGUUAACAGCCCACUAGCCUUGGGGCUAUAGCGUACUACUGUGCUCAUUAUUGCUAGCUGUUAGCCACAAGGCUUCUAACUAGCUAGCUUAUUACGCUGUUUACAUGAGCUACUAUUUCCGAGCCACCAGCCACAAGGCUUCUAACUAGCUAGCCUAUGCCAUCUACACGUUGUUCUUACAAAAGGUGUUGCUUUGUCCCCCUAGCAAGCCCUAGCAAGUUCCUCACAAUUGCCACUGCUAUCCCAUCCCAGGAUGAGCCCACACAAACCCCCACGUUCUUCAAAUCAAAAAAGGUUAUUGGUCACAUCCACAGAUUUGCAGAUGUUAUCAUAGGUGCAGUGAAAUGCUUAUGUUUCAAGCUCCAACAGUGCAGUAAUAUCUAGCAAUACAAUAACCAAAAAGUAAGAAAUAUCAGAACAAGCAAUAUCAGAACGAGCAAUGUCAGAGUCCGAAACAUAUAUAUAUAUAUAUAUAUAUAUAUAUAUAUCAGUACCAUUCAAAAGUUUGGACACACCUACUAAUUCCAGGGCACACCUACUCAUUUGGACACACCUACUCAUUCCAUUUUCUACAUUGUAGAAUAAUAGUGAAGACAUCAAAACUAUGACAUAACACAUAUGGAAUCAUGUAGUAACCAAAAAAGUGUUAAACAAAUCCAAAUAUAUUUUAUUGAUGACAGCUUUGCACACUCUUGGCAUUCUCUCAACCAGCUUCAUGAGAUAGUCACCUGGAAUGCAUUUCAAUUAACAGGUGUGCCUUCUUAAAAGUUAAUUUGUGGAAUGAUUUCCUUCUUAAUGCGUUUUAGCCAAUCAGUUGUGUUGUGACAAGUUAGGGGGGGUAUACAGAAGAUAACCCUAUUUGGUAAAAGACCAAGUCCAUAUUAUGGCAAGAACAGCUCAAAUAAGCAAAGAGAAACGACAGUCCAUCAUUACUUUAAGACAGUCAACACGGAACAUUUCAAAAACGUUGAAAGUUUCUUCAAGUGCAGUCGCAAAAACCAUCAAGCGCUAUGAUGAAACUGGCUCUCAUGAGGACCGCCACAGGAAUGGAAGACCCAGUAAACCUUGCUGCAGAGGAUAAGUUAAUUAGAGUUACCAGCCUCAGAAAUUGCAGCCCAAAUAAAUGCUUCACAGAGUUCAAGUAACAGACACAUCUCAACAUCAACUGUUCAGAGGGGACUGUGUGAAUCAGGCCUUCAUGGUCGAAUUGCUGCAAAGAAACCACUACUAAAGGACACCAAUAAGAAGAAGAGACCUGCUUGGGCCAAGAAACACGAACAAUGGACAUUAGACCGGUGGAAAUUUGUCCUUUGGUCUGGAGUCCAAAUUUGAGAUUUCUGGAUCCAACCACUGUGUCUUUGUGAGAUGCGAUGUAGGUGAACGGAUGAUCUCCGCAUGUGUAUUUCCCCCCGUAAAGCAUGGAGGAAGAGGUGUUAUGGUGUGGGGGUGCUGUGUUGGUGACACUGUCUGUGAUUUAUUUAGAAUUCAAGGCACAGUUAAACCAGCAUGGCUACCACAGAAUUAUACAGCGAUACGCCAUCCAAUCUGGUUUGGGCUUAGUGGGACUAUCGUUUGUUUUUCAACAGGACAAUGACCCAACACACCUCCAGGCUAUGUAAGGGCUAUUUUAUAUCCAAUGAGUUUUGAAGCAUUUGGCUGAAUCUGAGCAGAUAAUAUAACCCUAAACACUUAAUAAUUCAUCCUGCUGCUUUUGUCAGCAGUCACAUCAUCAAUAAAUACAUUGGCAGCCAUACAUGCCCACGCCAUAACACUACCUCCACCAUGCUUCACAGAUGAGGUGGUAUGCUUCGGAUCAUGAGCAGUUCCUUCCCUUCUUCAUACUCUUCUCUUCCCAUCAUUCUGGUACAAGUUAAUCUUUGUCUCAUCUGUCCAUAGGAUGUUGUUCCAGAACUGUACAGUUUUUGUAGAUGUUUUUUGGCAAACUCUAAUCUGGUCUUCCUGUUUUUGAGGCUUACCAUUGGUUUACAUCUUGUGAUAAACCCUCUGUAUUUACUCUGGUGAAGUCUUCUCUUGAUUGUUGACUUUGACACAGAUACGCCUACCUCCUGGAGGGUGUUCUUGAUCUGACCAACUGUUGUGAAGGGGUUUUUCUUCACCAGGGAAAUAAUUAUUCUGUCAUCCAUCACAGUUGUUUUCCGUGGUCUUCCAGGCCUUUUGGUGUUCCUGAGCUCACCAGGGUGUUCUUUCUUUUUAAGAAUGUACCAAAUAGUUGAUUUGGCCACACCACAUGUGUUUGCUAUCUCUCUGAUGGGUUUGUUAUGAUUUUUCAGCCUAAUGAUGGCUUGCUUCACUGGCAGUGACAGCUCUUUGGACAUCAUAUUGAGGGUUAACAGCAACAGAUUCCAAAUGCAAAUGCCACACUUGAAAUCAACUCUAGACCUUUUAUCUGCUUGCUUGUAAAUGAACUAAUGAGGGAAUAACACACACCUGGCCAUGGAACAGCUGAGCAGCCAAUUGUCCAAUUACUUUUGGUCCCUUAAAAAGGGGGGGGGGGGGGGGGGGGGACCACAUGUAAAAAGUGCUGUAAUUCCUACACUGUUCACCCGAUUUGGAUGUAAAUACCCUCAAAUUAAAACUGUGGUAGACAGCUAAAAUAAUAAUAACUUGGUCAAUGUCCAAAUAUUUAUGGACCUGACUGUACAAAGAUAGUGCAUUCGGAAAGUAUUCAGACCCCUUGACAUUUUGUUACAUUACAGCCUUGUCAUCAAUCUACACACAAUACCUCAUAAUGACAAAGCAAAACAGAUUUUUAGAUUUUUCUUUGCUAAUUUAUAAACAAAUAACACACUGAAGUAUGACAUUUACAUAAGUAUUCAAACCCUUUUAUUCAGUACUUUGUUGAAGCACCUUUGGCAGCGAUUACAGCCUCAAGUCUUCUUGGGUAUGACGCUACAAGCUUGGCACAUUUGUUUUUGGGGAGUUUCUCCCAUUCUUCUCUGCAGAUCCUCUCAAGCUCUGUCAGGUUGGAUAGGGAGCAUUGCUGCACAGCUAUUUUCAGGUCUCUCCAGAGAUUUUCGAUCAGGUUCAAGUCCAGGCUCUGGAUGUGCCAAUCAAGGACAUUUAGAGACUAGGCCUGAAGCCAAUCCUGCAUUGUCUUGGCUGUGUGCUUAGGGUUGUUGUCCUGUUGGAAGGUGAACCUUUGCCCCAGUCUGAGGUCCUGAGCAGGUUUUCAUCAAGGAGCUCUCUGUACUUUGCACCGUUCAUCUUUCCCUCGAUCCUGACUAGUCUCCCAGUCUGUGCCACUGAAAAACAUCCCCACAGCAUGAUGCUGCCACCACCAUGCUUCACCGUAGGGAUGGUGCCAGGUUUCCUCCAGACGGGAUACUUGGCAUUCAGGUCAAAUAGUUCAAUCUUGGUUUCAUCAGACCAGAGAAUCUUGUUUUUCAUUUACAAUAAAAAAAAAAAAAACAUUUUAGUCAUUUUAGCAGACACUCUUAUCCAGAGCGACUUACAGGAGCAAUUAGGGUUAAGUGCCUUCCUCAAGGGCACAACGACAGAUUUUUCACCUAGUCAGCUUGGGGAUUAGAACCAGCGACCUUUCGGUUACUGGCACAACGCUCUUAACCACUAAGCUACCUGCCACCCCAUGGUCUGAGAGUUCCUUAGGUGCCUUUUGGCAAACUCCAAGUGGGCUGUCAUGUGCCUUUUACUGAGGAGUGACUUCCGUCUGGUUACUCUACCAUAAAGGCCUGAUUGGUGGAGUGCUGCCGAGAUGGUUGUCCUUCUGGAAGGUUCUCCCAUCUCCACAGAGGAACUCUGGAGCUCUGUCAGAGUGACCAUCGGUUUUUUGGUCACCUCUCUGACCAAGGCCCUUCUCCCCCGAUUGCUCAGUUUGGCCGGGCGGCCAGCUCUAGGAAGAGUCUUGGUGGUUCCAAACUUCUUCCAUUUAAGAGGUCAAUGUGUUGUUGGGGACCUUCAAUGCUGCAGAAAUGUUUUGGUACCCUUCCCCAGAUCUGUGCCUCGACACAAUCAUGGCUUGGUUUUUGCUCUGACAUGCACUGUCAACUGUGGGACCUUAUAUAGACAGGUGUAUGCCUUUCCAAAUCAUGUCCAAUCAAUUGAAUUGACCACAGGUGGAUGAUCAAUGGAAACAGGAUUCACCUGAGCUCAAUCUCGAGUCUCAUUGCAAAGGGUCUGAAUACUUAUGUAGAGAAGGUAUUUCCGUUUUUAAUUUUUAUACAUUUGCAAAAUUUCUAAAAACCUGUUUUCACUUUGUCUUUAUGGGGUAUUGUGUGUAGAUUGAUGAGGGAAAAAAAUAUAUUUUAUCCAUUUUAGAAUAAGGCUGUAACGUAACAAAAUGUGGAUAAAGGGAAGGGGUCUGAAUACUUUCCGAAUGCGCUUUAUAUAUACACUAAAAAGUAUGUGGACACCCCUUAAAAUUAGUGGAUUCUGCUAUUUCAGCCACACCCAUUGCUGACAGGUGUAUAAAAUCAAGCGCACAGCCAUGCAUUCUCCAUAGACAUACAUUGGCAGUAAAAUGUACUGAAGAGCUCACCAACUUUCACCGUCAUAGGAUACCACCUUUCCAACAAGUCAGUUGGUCAAAUUUCUGCCCUGCUAGAGCUGCCCCGGUCAACUGUAAAUGCUGUUAUUGUGAAGUGGAAACGUCUAGGAGCAACAACGGCUCAGCUGCGAAGUGGUAGGCCACACGAGCUCACAGAGCGGGACCGCUGAGUGCUGAAAUGCGAAGUGCGUAAAAAUCGUCUGUCCUCGGUUGCAACACUCACUACUGAGUUCCAAACUGCCUCUGGAAGCAACGUCAGCACAAGAACUGUUCGUCAGAAACUUCAUGAAAUGGGUUUCCAUGGCCGAGCAACCGCACACAAGCCUAAGAUCACCAUGUGCAAUGCCAAGUGUCGGCUGGAGUGGUGUAAAGCUCGCCGCUAUUGGACUCUGGAGCUGUGGAAACGCGUUCUCUGGAGUGAUGAAUCACAGUCCGAUGGACGAAUCUGGGUUUGGCGGUUGCCGGGAGAACAUAGUGCCAACUGUACAUUUUGGUGGAGGGUGAAUAAUGGUCUGGGGCUGUUUUUCAUGGUUCAGGCUAGGCCGCUUAGUUCCAGUGAAGGGAAAUCUUAACGCUACUGCAUACAAUGAAUGACAUUCUAGCCAAUUCUGUGCUUCCAGCUUUGUGGCAACAGUUUGGGGAAGACCCUUUCCUGUUUCAGCAUGACAAUGCCCCCGUGCACAAAGCGAGGUCCAUUCAGAAAUGAUUUGUCGAGAUUGGUGUGGAAGAGCUUGACUGGCCUGCACAGAGCCCUGACCUCAUUUUCCAACAUCUAGUGGAAAGCCUUUCCGGAAGAGUGGAGGCUGUUAUAGCAGGAAAGGGUUGACCAACUCCAUAUUAAUGCCCAUGAUUUUGGAAUGAGAUGUUCGACGAGCACAUACUUUUGGCCAUGUAGUGUAAUAUAUAUAUAUAUACAUAGAAAGUGGGUGAAACAGUAUGUAAACGUUAUUAAAGUGACCAGUGUUCAAUUACUCUAUGUAGAUAGGGCAGUAGUCUCUAAGGUUCAAGGUAGGGUACCGGGUGGUAGCCGGCUAGUGACAGUGUCUAAGGCUCAGGGCAGGGUGUCCUUGCACAUGCGGUUUCAUGAUUGCGGGGAAAGAUUCCCACCCUCUUUGCAUGAAUUGCUUGGGUAAGGAACAUGCCCAAGAGGUGCUAAACAACCCUUAGUCCUGUGAGCACCGCAAACUGCUGACGAGGGCAGGUCUGAAGAGGAGGCUUAAAUGAGUUUCUAUCUCGGUAGCCCCUCUCGCCUCUGAGCCAACAGCGACAGAUGAGGCUCAGCUCCCCGCAACCGAGCCCAGUUGGGGCGAGGCCAUGGAUAGCCUUGACUCCCUCCCCUUACUGUCUGACGACGUAGUGUCAGAGCUAGGGGAUGACGAGGAUGACGAUGGGAUUAAUCUCACGGAUAUCCUCGAGCUAGCUCAGGAGAUCGGCUUGACGACCCCGUUCUCCCGCCCUCUCAGGCCCGCAGGUCUGACGGCCCGACAGCAGUGAAGCUGCCCCUCCUCCAUUGGAGUUUCAGCUCCUUCAUGUCUGCAAGCGGGCUGCGGCCUGACUCGGCAUCGAGUGGCCAUCUCCUGUAGGGGCUGAGGGCCCGUUAAGAACCUAUACGAUGGGAAGAGACUCCUGCAGUACCAGCUUGCCUCAGGAAUGCUGAGAGGUUGAGGGACAAAGUCCUCACUAGCAAUAUUCUUGCUAUUGGCAACCCUCCCACGGUGGAGCCAUUACUGGCUGACCAACUCAGCCCCUCGUUUUGUGUUACUAUCUACAUAAGCGCCUAAUUUCCUAGGAAGACGGAGCGCUUUACUGCCUCCGUUUUUCAGAAGACGUAUAAGGCCUCGGCCUAAGCAAUCAGAGCUCUCAAUGGGACCUCUUUAUUGUUUUCUGAGAUACUGGAGGAGGUAGGGAAGCAACUGGACUUGGACACCCUAGACCCAUAUGCUUGGGAGGAGAUCUGUAUAAUUACAGACCUAAACCUCUGUUCCUCCCGUAGUGCCAUUCAAGGCUGUGCUCAUACCAUGAUCCUAGCAGUGGUGGGAGAAAGGGCUCUUUGACUGAGCUUAUCCAGCUUAACAGAGAAAGAAAAAGUGGACCUCCUGGAUGCCCCAGUGACACCCAAGGAGUUUUUCGGGCCUACUGUCGCCGCCGGCAGAAGUGUGACAUGUGCAAGAAAGAAGGCGAAGGGGGGUGCCGAGGGAUUAUUUAAAAUACUCUUUGAAGAGGUAGGGUUUUAGAUGUUUUCAGAAGAUGGGCAGUCUGCCAAGAAUCAGGCUAGGCACCUGAACCAGGCCAAACCUGUAGGAAAGCAGUUAUAUGCUGCAGCCGCAGUAAGGAUCCACCACUCUAACCCUCCUAAGGGAGGUAAUAAGGGGCGGCCAACCUACGGCUCCCUGCCCUACCUUCUGUCUUCGGGUUUGACGUUUGCCACUCUGAAGUUUUCGCAGCAGUGGGAAGGCAUGUCUGCAUUAAGACAAAUCCCUAUUCUCUGUGCAGCGGUGAGGCUGCCUCUCACCCGACUCACCGUCCCUCCGCUCUCCCUCCCUGGUUGAGAAAAGGGGACACAGUCUUCCAGCUGAUGGCAAAACUCGAGUCGCACUGCAUUAUUUCUGCCUCAUGCACCAAUUCAUGUUGUUACUCCUAUGACCAGAGAAAGUGAAAUAUUGCUUGAUAUUAAAAAAGACACAAGCCGCUAAUAAUAACAACGCAAGCUUAUCAAAACACUUUGCUAUAUUCAUUCAUUGCAACUGCAGUGCUGGUUGUAGCGUGAGUAGAAUUUGGGAGAACGUGCAUUUUAUGGCUUAUAAAAGUGUUGAACAAAGUGUUGACAGUGCUAAAUAACAACUUAAAGAUGAACUUUCUUAUAAAAACAUCAGCUCUUUGCUGUAUUCAUUGAGUCUGUCUCUAGUCAUGGUUUUAAACGUUUUUAAACCUCACAGUAUCAACUUUGCUGUGCGCACAAGGCUUCUUUUUACAACCUAUGGCUUGAGAAAACUGUUCAGACAUAGUGAUCUGAGCGCUAGGGCUGCUGAAUCAAGUGCACCUACCGGCAACAGCGCUAAACAGAAAAAUAUAUAGGAACGCAAGGCUUUAUCGUUGUUAUUUUUUACAGAAAUGUUUGGGGAUCGACUACGAAUGCCUUGGAGAUCAACCACUGGUGUAUUCUAUGGAGUUGUUGAGCCAAAGGCCUCUGCAUUGUGGUCUGCAUGAUGGUUGCUGCAAAAUAUCUGCAAAAAAUUAACUUCAGUCAGAGUAUCGUUUAGAAAUGUUUAAAGGUGAAAUCCUCAGGGACAUAGAAUGGGUAAAAUAUUUCUGCCUUGUAAUAUAGAUACUGGUGAGAAUUCACUCUAAAAUAUGUUAAGUGCUACAAGUUUUAUUUGCUAUUUUCUAUAAAUGUAUGUAGUGGUACUCUAUUUAUUUACAUAUCUUAUUGACUGUUUAUUUUUUGUCCAUUAAUGUUUAAUGUAUCUAUUUAUCUAUAUUGUAUCUAUAUUGUUCUGUCUCUUUCUGUGAAUUCCAAAUGGCAUCCUAUUCCCUAUAUAGUGCACUACUUUUGACCAAAGUACAGUAUGUCAAAGGUCAAAGGUAGUGCACUAUAUAUGGAAUAGGUUGCUAUUUUGGACACAGAUUUGUCUUUCUGUAUGUUUCUAGACUAUAUAUGCCUUUUACAGUCCAGGAUACAGUGGGAUACAUCUCCAGGCAAAAGUAAAGAUGUAAUACUACAACAUGUUAACUUGAGUCAAGUAACUUCCCAUUGAGCUAAUUGAAAAUAUGUAUUUUUGGUUGAAAAGACGUUAAAUAUAUGAAUUAUACUGAUUUUGCUUACUGGGAACAUGGUCAUUAAGAAGAGGAAGAAUUAAGCUUACCGUAUGCUUCCCAAUCUAAACAGUUUGCGCAUAUAUAAUGACGACAUUCCUUGAAGUUUUUAUUCAACAGGUUGUUUUUGGGCUGUUCUUGCACACACAUUUUUUAUUCAUGCAAGUCGAAGUUCGGUAGCCGAAAUCUACACCCCUUUGUCAGUGAUUGGUCAACAGUACUACUCCUGGUAGGAGUGGGAACUAUGGGCGGGAUUCUUCAAUUAAGUGUUUGUUGUCAUUCAACGAGAGACGACUAGUUUUCAUGCAAAUAUUUUCACUUGAGAAAUACUGCAUCAAACAUUUAGUUAGAUUUAAAAUUGCCUGACUAAGACCUCCUCUGCAAAAAUGUCAAAAUUAAUGUCUAAGAUUAAUUCGGCCUAUUUUGAGAAAGUGUUACUGGGUAUGUUGUUGCUACGGUGGCUCAAGAGGGACAAACAACAGUAAUAUUGCCGCUUUUUUCUUGUUUUUCAAGUGAAGUUCUUUAGGGAGUAUGCGAGCACAGACGUUCGUUUCGCCUAGCUGAGUUCUGCUAGACGCAAACCAAACCUAUGUAUGCAGACGCCUUUACUGUAGGUGACUUGAGACAGGCUCUUGUGAAAAUCCUGGACUUGAAUGUUUAUAGUAUGAAUUUUUUAAACAGGGCUUAAAUCAACUUUGACGUCUGGAGCUAUCUCCUGUAUGUCAAGUUGUUAAUUUUAUGAUAUCCAACUUGCGCCUGGAUACAAAUAUUCAUAUUUGGAUAUACAUAUUCUUACAGUAGAGAAACGUGAGUAAAUCAAUGCAAUCUAAGAAAAUAAAGACUGCUUUAUAUGAAUUUGUCAUGCAUGUGGUUGAAUAUUCAGAUUACUGUAUGAUAAAAUAUACAUAAAUAAAUACUGUAUGUAUGGUAUAUAUCUUUGCACAGACAUCAUUUGUACCAUCAAAUGUACCAGUAUUUCAAGCAUGUCAAUGAGCAUUGCAAAUGGGACAUAUAAGAGUUUAAACGUUUGAUCAAGCAACGUUAACAAAGUAAAGGCAUGAUAGUCAGCUCCGUCUGUAAAUGUUCUAAUUUUCGCCGGUUCUCCUUUGGAAUGUAUAUUCAAUGACUAAGAUGUACUGUGUAUCUUACAUGCCAUUCAUUCUUAGAAUCAUUUCAUUCAUAUAACAAGUGAUUCAUUCUCAGAGCCAUAUAAUACAUAAUAAAUACAUUCCUCUUCAGUUUAAAGGGCAAAUAAAUACAUUCCUCUUCAGUUUAAAGGGGCAAUCUGGGAUUGGUACAUCCAUUUUUGGACUAUUAAAUGAAUUAUAUAUAACCAUUGAUUCUUGAAGAAUAUAACUUAUGAAUGAGCUUAGUUCAACGAUCAUACCCCAUCACCUUUUAGUCAUUACAAAGGCACAUGCACACAGUUAUUUAAGUGCCUCUCUACCUGUGAAAACACAGAAGAACAAACAUUUUAAAAUGUGUUUAGAGUUACUGACAACAAAAGCCUUUGGGCUAUGAUUCAGAAAAAGAAGCUGUGGUGAUAUGGCUGCUAUAUCUAAGGAGCUGAAGGAGUGCAAUUAGGCCUACACUAAGUGUGUGUGUGUAUGUGCACAAAGUUAAUGAAAUAAAAACGGUAAUGUCAUCUCACUACUACAGUACAUCUCAUUGACUGGGAUGAGCUUUUAAUCAUAUUUAUCUCUCAAUUAACUUCUCCCUUUUACUACUACAAAUAUAUCAUAGAUAUCAAGGGCUAUUUGCAUGUGGACAUUUAAUUAACCUUUUAACUCUUAGAUGUUAAGUCCCCUAUUUAGGGAACUUUGAGCGGUUCUGGACCAGUGCCGACUGACAUUGUAGUGUACAAAACGCUCUGUGAACAUUGCAGGGUCCAGUGCCUUAUAGUGCCAGAAAGCCCCAUCUCUGCUUCCCGCUACCACUCUGUCAGCAGAGCUGACCCGAAGUGUCAGGUUUCAAACCCGACAUUUGCAUAUGGAGUGAUGUGUCACAUUUCUUGGCAUAUCCAGACAAAUACUGGAUUUCCUCUGCCUCUGAGCGACGGAGCCUGGCCUGGGAGAUGGCACAUUAAAAGGAACAGUCUAGCAAAUCCAGCAAUCAUGGUUUCAACUCGGAUUUAGAGCUCUCAACAUACAAAAAAUACUAAAUAAGUUUGUAGAAUUGAAGCACGACCACUUUCUCUUGGUCACAGAGGGACAAAAUCACUGUGUGUGUAAAGCUGAAGUUGUAACGAGUCCGCAGAACGGUGUCUCUGCGUCACUCAGAGGACGCUUGGCAGAAAAUGCCCUGUCAUCAGUUAUAUGAAAUCGGACCAAAUUCGUCACUAAAUAUGAUCAUAUUUAUUUUUACAGUAAAAAGAAAGGUGAAAUCUUAGUUGUUUAUCAUUUAAUUGUUACUAUAUUUAGAAAGCAUUUCAGUAAUUUCAAGCCCUAUUCCCCCACUUUUGUUGAAUAGGGAAAGAAUAUAUAUGAUUUUUUAUAUUUUAAUAAUAUUUGAGCUUCUGUCCUCAAGUGAGUACACCUCAGCAAUUUAUAACUAUUUUUACCAUAAAGGUGAGUUCCAGACCUUUCUAGAACUAUGCAGCAUUACUAGUUAUUGUUUAUGGCCAUCUCCAAAAAUAAUUACUUUUGGAUAUGUCUAUUUGGGAGGAAAUCUACAUUUUGCAAUAACUUUCAAGAGGCCUUUUAAAUGGCUCAAAAUAGCUACAAUAUUUUUUUUCAAAAUUAUGGGAACAGGCUAUAUUCCCAGACAGUUCUAUUUGCCAUUAGUUUUCCAUAAAGGAUAGAUUUAUCAAGACUCCAGAGAACUGAAAUUGAAAUAGUAUUGGAUUUAUCAUAUUGCAUUAGUGUCCUUUUGUUUGUCUAGUAGACUCCAACAAUGUAGACAUUACAUAUUAAGUCUGGAUACACAAUGGAUCUAGCUAUGGUCCAUUUUAUGUAGGCUAACAUAAUGUUCAAGUGUUUGAUCACAAUCAGGUAGAUUAUACAAAGCAUUCUGUACACAGAGGCCAAUCAGUAAUUCAAUAAUUUGUUUCAAUAUCCAGUAUAUGUAUUUCUGGCUAUUAUGUAGUACAGGUAUGAAUAACUUCUUUAAAUUACAAUUUGAGCCAAAACAUAUUAUGUGAAUAGGCUGCUGUGAUAGUUAUGGAUCACAUAAUGCAUGUUUCUGGAGCGUCACCUGUUGGAAAACAAAUGUUACUCUCUUAAUAUAUACAAAAAUAUGUGGACACCUGCUCAUCGAACAUCUCAUUCCAAAAUCAUGGGCAUUAAUAUGGAGUUGGUCCUCCCUUUGCUGCUAUAACAGCCUCCACUCUGGGAAGGCUUUCCACUAGAUGUUGGAACAUUGCUGCAGGGACUUGCUUCCAUUCAGCCACAAGAGCAUUAGUGUGGUUGGGCACUGAUGUUGGGCGAUCAGGCCUGGAUCACAGUCGGCGUUCCAAUUCAUCCCAAAGGUUUUCGAUGGGGUUGAGGUCAGGGCUCUGUGCAGGCCAGUCAAGUUCUUCCACACUGAUCUCGACAAACCAUUUCUUUAUGGACCUUGCUUUGUGCACGGGGGCAUUGUCAUCCUAAAACAGGAAAGGGCCUUCCCCAAACUGUUGCCACAAAGUUGGAAGCACAGAAUUGUCUAGAAUGUCAUUGUAUGCUCUAGUGUUAAGAUUUCCCUUCACUGGAACUAAGGGGCCAAGCCCGAACCAUGAAAAACAGCCCCAGACCAUUAUUCCUCCUCCACCAAACUUUACAGUUGGCACUAUGCAUUUGAGCAGGUAGCAUUACUCCUGGCAUCCGCCAAACCCAUAUUCAUCGGUCGGACAGCCAGAUGGUGAAGCGUGAUUCAUCACUCCAGAGAACGCGUUUCCACUGCUCCACUGCUCCAGAGUCCAAUGGUGGCGAGCUUUACACCACUCAAGCCAACACUUGGCAUUGCGCAUGGUGAUCUUAGGCUUGUGUGCGGCUGCUCGGCCAUGGAAGCACAAUUUGGAACUCGGUUGUGAGUGUUGCAACCGAGGACAGAUGAUUUUUAUGCACUACACACUUCAGCACUCGGCAGUCCCGUUCAUUGAGCUUGUGUGGCCUACCACUUUGCGGCUGAGCCAUUGUUGCUCCUAGUCGUCUCCACUUCACAAUAACAGCACUUACAGUUGACCGGGGCAGCUCUAGCAGGGCAGAAAUUUGACGAACUGACUUGUUGGAAAGGUGGCAUCCUAUGACGGUGCCACGUUGAAAGUCACUGAGCUCUUCAGUAAGGCCAUUCUACUGCCAAUGUUUGUCUAUGGAGAUUGCAUAGCUGUGUGCUCAAUUGUAUUCAACUGUCCGCAACGGGUGUGGCUGAAAUAGCUAAUUUGAAUAGCUAAUCGACUAAUUUGAAGGGGUGUCCACAUACUUUUGUAUAUAUAGUGUAGCUCUGGAGGAAAGAUAGAAGAGUGUGCUGAAAUAGCAGUGGGCCGGAUUUUAACCCAUUUGCAGAGGUAUAAACUGUAUGUGAGGAAGCGGCUAAGACCCGUAGGCCACAGGAAUUUUCAUUGUUUGCGUUGGAUUACAUUGCUCACUCUUCCUCCCUCUAACUCCACCUCCUGGCAGAACAAGGAAGUCCCUCCCUCUCCUACAAACUUUCUUCCAAGAAAAUACAUUUACAUUUACAUUUUAGUCAUUUAGCAGACGCUCUUAUCCAGAGCGACUUACAGGAGCAAUUAGGGUUAAGUGCCUUGCUUAAGGGCACAUCGACAGAUUUUUCACCUAGUCGGCUCGGGGAUUAGAACCAGCGACCUUUCGGUUAAAAUACAAUGUAAGAGUCUCUGUUUCUAUGUCUGUGUGAGAGUGAACAACAGUCCAAAUGGCUCAGCAGGGAAGCCCUCAUGUUCUGUCUGGUGUCUUCUUGCAAGACUCACCUCCAGCCUCACUACAGUGUCCCUGCACUAAAGAAGCACCAGCUGGUCAAAGCCUCCACACAUCUACAGGAGAAGAUCUGCUCCCAUCAUGAUGAACUGCUGAAGAUUUACUGAUUGUUGCUGCCUUCUUGGCCAGGUCUCCCUUGAAAGAGACUCUGGGUCUCAAUGGGCUUUUCCUAGUUAAAUAAAGGUUAAAUAAAAAAUGUACUACCUUACUGAUCAGAAUUGUAUUGGUUAUCUGUGUAUGAUGGAUGAACAUAAAGGCCAUGAUACAGUGUCAGCUGCAGCAGAGAAGACAGAACUAGGUUAGACCAGAACAACUUGUUGGUGACUCUGAUAAAAUGUGUAAGAACUCCAUAGGUGUAUGAGUGUGUCACAUGUGUGGUCGUGCAAAACCAAGAGUCAGACAAGGCAAUUCAGUUCUCAAAUGGGGAUUUAUUAACACAAAAAACGUAAUGUCCCAAAAUAAGUUCUCACUCAAACAUGGCAAACGCUCCAAAUCAAACACUGGCCCUUUAAGGCAAUAACUAAAGUAAACUUAUACAGUGGGGGAAAAAGUAUUUAGUCAGCCACCAAUUGUGCAAGUUCUCCCACUUAAAAAGAUGAGAGAGGCCUGUAAUUUUCAUCAUAGGUACACGUCAACUAUGACAGACAAAUUGAGGAAAAAAAAUCCAGAAAAUCACUUUGUAGGAUUUUUAAUGAAUUUAUUUGCAAAUGAUGGUGGAAAAUAAGUAUUUGGUCACCUACAAACAAGCAAGAUUUCUGGCUCUCACAGACCUGUAACUUCUUCUUUAAGAGGCUCCUCUGUCCUCCACUCGUUACCUGUAUUAAUGGCACCUGUUUGAACUUCUUAUCAGUAUAAAAGACACCUGUCCACAACCUCAAACAGUCACACUCCAAACUCCACUAUGGCCAAGACCAAAGAGCUGUCAAAGGACACCAGAAACAAAAUGGUAGACCUGCACCAGGCUGGGAAGACUGAAUCUGCAAUAGGUAAGCAGCUUGGUUUGAAGAAAUCAACUGUGGGAGCAAUUAUUAGGAAAUGGAAGACAUACAAGACCACUGAUAAUCUCCCUCGAUCUGGGGCUCCACGCAAGAUCUCACCCCGUGGGGUCAAAAUGAUCACAAGAACGGUGAGCAAAAAUCCCAGAACCACACGGGGGGACCUAGUGAAUGACCUGCAGAGAGCUGGGACCAAAGUAACAAAGCCUACCAUCAGUAACACACUACGCCGCCAGGGACUCAAAUCCUGCAGUGCCAGACGUGUCCCCCUGCUUAAGCCAGUACAUGUCCAGGCCCGUCUGAAGUUUGCUAGAGUGCAUUUGGAUGAUCCAGAAGAGGAUUGGGAGAAUGUCAUAUGGUCAGAUGAAACCAAAACAGAACUUUUUGGUAAAAACUCAACUCGUCGUGUUUGGAGGACAAAGAAUGCUGAGUUGCAUCCAAAGAACACCAUACCUACUGUGAAGCAUGGGGGUGGAAACAUCAUGCUUUUGGGCUGUUUUUCUGCAAAGGGACCAGGACGACUGAUCCGUGUAAAGGAAAGAAUGAAUGGGGCCAUGUAUCGUGAGAUUUUGAGUGAAAACCUCCUUCCAUCAGCAAGGGCAUUGAAGAUGAAACGUGGCUGGGUCUUUCAGCAUGACAAUGAUCCCAAACACACCGCCCGGGCAAUGAAGGAGUGGCUUCGUAAGAAGCAUUUCAAGGUCCUGGAGUGACCUAGCCAGUCUCCAAAUCUCAACCCCAUAGAAAAUCUUUGGAGGGAGUUGAAAGUCCGUGUUGCUCAGCGACAGCCCCAAAACAUCACUGCUCUAGAGGAGAUCUGCAUGGAGGAAUGGGCCAAAAUACCAGCAACAGUGUGUGAAAACCUUGUGAAGACUUACAGAAAACGUUUGACCUGUGUCAUUGCCAACAAAGGGUAUAUAACAAAGUAUUGAGAAACGUUUGUUAUUGACCAAAUACUUAUUUUCCACCAUAAUUUGCAAAUAAAUUCAUUAAAAAUCCUACAAUGUGAUUUUCUGGAUUUCUUUUUCUCAUUUUGUCUGUCAUAGUUGACGUGUACCUAUGAUGAAAAUUACAGGCCUCUCUCAUCUUUUUAAGUGGGAGAACUUGCACAAUUGGUGGCUGACUAAAUACUUUUUUUUCCCACUGUAUACUUGGGAAGAUAGUAUUUUACCCCAGGGCAGAGAGAGCUUCAAACCUUAAUCAUAUUGGGGUUCUGUUCUGACUGAUCCAACGACUGUGACAGAGCUUCAGGUGUCCUUCUAAAGCAGAGUUCACAUUGGCAGUUUGAAUUGAGUCAAAUACUAUUUAUUUGCAUAUUAUUUUCCUGCAGUCUGAACUGCCAAAAAGCACAUGGAAUCGGAUAUUUCAAGGCACAUUUCAAACCACCUUCAUAGGUGGUUUGAAGUCAAAUACAAAUCUGAUUCCUGGCCAUGUGACUUGUUUGAACGGUCAAAUCUGAUGUAUUUGCCCUUGUGUUUUUUUUUUGACUGUUAUUCAGCAUAUCUUGUCGCUUGCUAGCUACUGUGUUGACAGUUCGACAAUAACAUGUGGUAGCUAACUAGCUUGUUAAUUGUUUACAAACAAAUUUGUGAAAAUGCUAGAAAGCUAAACAGCUAGCUAGUUGACUGCUGUAGCUAGCGAAAAGGGACUCAUUUUGAAAGUUGGAUCAUCUUCUCCUUUGAGGCUUUAAACUUGUUCUUACCCUAUGAUUUUGAUAAUUCAAAGCAACUGGGAAAUGUCCAUGGCAGGCAUUGUCACCUUAGCUUGCUACAUAACGUCUGAGUGGUAGGACGCAGCAGCACCACCAAUCAGCCUUCACCACUGCACACACCAGUCAUUACUAUGACAACUAAUGUCACCUUGUCAGCAAAUGAAUGCUGUCUGAACACACACAAAUCUGAUUUGGUCACUUGUAACCUGCUGUGUGAAUGCAGCCGCAUGGCCUAUCUGCUGCAGCCAGGUGUGUAAGAUGUGCAGCUGCAGUCAACUAUGUCUCUGUGGAGAGCUGCUACACCUUGUAUGGAGUCAUUUAGCCAAAAGAUGGCCUUUCCCACCCCUACACCCCUUGGGUGUUCACAAUAUAAUUCAUUGAAGAUACAGUAGGAUGGCUGUUUGAAUAUGAGAGAAACAUACAUAGUUAGUUAUUCACAUGAAAAAUAUUCUCCAAAUGUAUCACAAUUUGCUGUAGUCACACAUCAUAAUUUUCUUUUGAGUUCAAAGUUCAGUUUAAACUAUCUGAUAUGAGUACUGUAAAACUAUAAUAAUUCAACUAAUAUCAUAGAUUUUAGUUGAAAAUGGACUUCGUCUACAAUUUAAUUCCUACCUUCUAUGUGCCCUAUAUCAUAACACUAUUUCACUACUGGACAAGUAAAUCUUGAUAGCUCAAUGAACAGUUUUUCUUAAUAGAGUCAGCUGGGGAUGAGUUAGCAGAAUUUCCAGCAGAGUAUCCAGGAGAAGGAUGAGGAGCUUGAGGAUGAGGAAUCUCCAACAAGCUGUGGAGUCUCUCAAGGUAAAUAUUAUUGAUCAGAGGACUGGGCCCAGUUUUUCAAAAAUAACUUUUGAAAGACUGGGCCCUGUAGGUGAACCAUUUAACUUCCCUCCUACAGUCAGCCAGUCAGAGAGAGAUGCCACUCUCCAAUCCCACUGAAACCCACUGUGGGGAGCGGGCUGUCUUCAGUGCUUUUAGCAACGUAGGUGUAUUUACAUACACUAGCGUUGCUUUCAACUGUAUUGGGUUGCACAAAAACAGUCAGUGGUAAGCCAGAAGUUAAAUACAAUUCCAUUUCAACUUAAUGUGCCAGUGGACAGGACGGUUGUUCAUUAUGAAUGGGGGAAUUUGUGACAAAAUAUCUAAAGGAUCGUAUUAUUCAAUCAAAUAAAAUACAAGUUUACUGGUUGCGUACACAGAUUUGCAGAUGUUAUCGCAGGUGCAAUGCUCUCUAGCUCCAACAGUGCAGUAAUACCUAGCAAUAAAAAACAAUACAGACAUUUUUUUUUUUAUUAAAUGUAUAAAUAUCAGAACGAGCAAUGUCAGAGUCCGGAAUAUAAAUAUAUAUAUACAUAUAAUGGUGUGUAUAGACAGUAUGGACAGUAUAUGAAUAGAAAAGGUGUGUACAGCAGUAGUUAUAUAGGAUGAGACAUGACUAGAAUACAGUAUAUACAUAUAAAGUGGGUAAAACAGGAUGUAAACAUUAAUAAAGUGACCAGUGUGACCAAAUAGGGCUAUCUUUAGGAUACAACCCCUACCUUGUCACAAGACAACUGAUUGGCUCAAACGCAUUAAGAAGGAAAGAAAUUCCACAAAUUAACUUUUAAGAAGGCAUACCUGUUAUUUGAAAUGCAUUCCAGGUGACUACCUCAUGAAGCUGGUUGAGAGAAUGCCAAGAUUGUGCAAAGCUGUCAUCAAGGCAAAGGGUGGCUAUUUGAAGAAUCUCAAAUAUAAAAUAUAUUUUAAUUUGUUUAACACCUUUUUGGUUACUACAUUAUUCCAUAUGUGUUAUUUCAUAGUUUUGAUGUCUUCACUAUUAUUCUAAAAUGUAGAAAAUAGUAAAAAUAAAGAAAAAUCCUUGAAUGAGUAGGUGUUCUAAAACUUUUGGGCAACAGUCUCUAAGGUGGAGGCUAGAGUACCGGGUGGUAGCCGGCUAGUAACAGUGAUUAAUUUCCUCGUUUGAUAUCUGGUACUGACUUCGAACCAAGUAGGCCGGUGGGUGGGGUUACAAAUAGCCAUACUCAAUGAUUGGUCUCAUGUAAUGAUCACAGUAUCGCGUAUGUUGUUAAUACUCAUGCACGAGUCACUGGUGCCAUUUCUAUAAGAGAAGGUAAGUCUGACUACAAACGGUACAGCCACAGAUAGAACUUGGUACAGCUACACUAACAAAUAAAUUGCUCAGUUGGAGCGUUUUUUAGCAAAUAUUGAAUACGUUAGCCGAGAUGGGAAUCAAUCGGUCAGUAAAACAGUGCAGGGAAAAUUAAGAAACUCAAACAAGAAUAUAAAAAGAUCAUAGACCAAACAACAAAAGUGGAUCAGAGUCAGACAGUGAUAUUUGAAGCCAUGAUGACGCCCGGUAAUACAUUGUUUUUAGCCAAAUUACUAUCUAGCUAGCUACCAAUGUCUUCAGCGUAGCUAGCUGUAGGGUGAGAGUGAGCACUGUGCGAGACGUGAACCAGGGUCGACAAUUUGUCAUAUAAACAUGCAUGGAAGGCCAACUCUGUGGAUUGAUUGAUUGAAUUUAUAGAAUUUAUUAGACUUUUUUUUUUUUUUUUUGCAGCAAGAUGGCCGCAGGAAAGUUUGGUGUGUUGGCAGCAUUUUGAAUUUACAGUUUUAUAUUAACCUUUAUACAUAUUGGCCCUUUUUGUACAUCAAGUUGUACGCGGUUUUAAUCAGAACAUUUGUCUCGAAGGCCAGUUUGGCACUAAGCACUUUGGCCACGGCAAAAACACCCUAUUCAACACGUUCAUAUAUAUCAGCUGGUACAGUCCCUCCAAAAGGGCGAUUAAGGUUGGAGGUAAACGCCAAAUAGAUGGUGGAAACCUCAUAAUUACUCUAUGCCUGUUACUGUUGGGUGAUGUUCAUCAGUAUCACGGCCCAUUUGCCAGCGACCCAUUGGAGCAGAGGCAUGCUACAAUGGAGAGGGACAGAAGGAACCCUCUCUUUCAGGUAUGCAUAAUAAACAGAUCAUUUUCUGACCUUGGUCAUGACAACCAACCUAAUCCUCCUGCUUCCAUCUGCUGUCAGUGUGCGGCAAGGAGACCAUCAAAAGAUGCUGUGGGAAGACCCGUAAGAGACGUGGAGCGUGCCGAAUGGACGUGGAGCGGACCGGGGAUAGGGACGAGGGACAGGAAAGGCAAACCCUGGGUCAGAUGCCAGCGCGACCCCUGGAUUAA